AUGAAACCUAAUGACAAUGAAUGUAUGAUAAAUGGUCUAACAUCACAAUCAAAUGUUUCAGGUUCUGCUUUUGGCACAAAAGAAACCACAACAAAUGAAAUCCCCACGAUUAAGUUAAGCACUGUCUCCGAUGAAGCUUUGAGAGAGGCAAAAACGUGGACCUUUCAUAUGCUUAGCCAAAAAAAUGAGACAUUGACCAUUAAGAAUAAUCUUGUUGUAUAUCUUGGACAAAGAGACCAUGUAAACCUGCUCUCUCUCAAAGCCAAGUUUGGUGUUCACAUCAAGGAGACUUUCAGGAGUGGUAAUGCUGGUAUCGUCAUCACUGGAAGUCCUGCAGCCAUCAGCGUUGUGGGCUUUGAGGUGGAGUCCAUGCUUAGUAAGGCGCAAGAGGACUUUGCCCUAGCCGAAGAGAAUGACAUGCUGUAUUCUGUGGUUCGCUGGCACUGUAAAGAUUUACCUUGGCUACAAACACCUGAAAUCAGUGCAGCUUUAGAGAAGGCUUACCUUUCAGGAGAGAGAAGCCUUGUGCUGAAUGGCCAUAAUCUCAAAGUCAACUUUACGCUCAAGAAUUUAGUUGACAGCCGUGGGAAAAUAAGCCCUGUGAAAAGGACAUGUAUGUUUUUAAUUCUUAAGACUGUUGGCAAUUCAUUUUAUGCAAGAACACCUGUGACCAGCAGAGAUUAUGUAAAUAAAAAAACAAGAUCUUUCGAAGAUUGUGGACUCAGUGUAGUCAAGGUCGAGAAAAUGGAAAACAUCGCCCUGUAGCAGCUUUUCGAGAUGAAUGGGAAGCGACUGAAAGAUAAACCAAAGCAGCUCUACCAGUGUGUAUCAGCUCAGUUCUGUGAUCUUAUCUGCAGAGUUGGCUUUCAGAAAGAGUUCGCUCCUCCUGGAGUGCAACAGUAUGGCAGUGGAAUAUACUUCACCAGUACAUUGGAAGAGGCAAUGAGACUGUGGAAGGGACAGUUCAUCGAAGAGCAGUACAUCUACAUUAUUCAGGCCCAGGUUCUCACUGGGUUAUCCACGCAUGGUUCACCAGAUCUGAUUUUGCCCCCUGCUCGAGCUGGUGACCCUUUGGAUCGUUAUGACAGCAUAACUAACAGUUCAAAACAGACCCAUGUCAUCUUCAGUGGUCAACAAGCUCUUCCUGAAUACCUGUUCAUAUGCCAAAAAUAA